AUGAGCAACGACGAGGCCGCCACAGCCCCUAGGGAUGCUCCGACGAGCAACGGGCAAAACGCCGCCAGUCGCCGUCCAAGCUGCAGCUCUCAGAACUCUCAGACAGCCAAAGAAUUCAUCGAAUCUCAGAUGCGCCUUGAAGCUGAUGCCCGUGAAGUCCUCCCAUAUUCAUUUGACUCAUGUACACAAAGUUUAGGACCGCUACGACAAACACUCUAUGCCUGUUUAACCUGCAACCCUUCACCCGCGACUCCCGACGCGCCCUGCACUCCUGCCGGCGUAUGCUAUUCCUGCUCAAUUUCCUGCCAUGGAGAACAUACACUGGUCGAGCUCUUCAAUAAACGAAACUUUGUUUGUGAUUGCGGGACGACACGUAUAGCUUCCGCUGCCCCGUGCAACCUCCGAAACGAUCCUACAACUGGCGCAAAGGGCGUUCGGUCAGAGAAACCACACCCUGGCAACCGUUACAAUGGCAACUUUCAGAACAAGUUCUGCGGCUGCGGCGAGGAUUACAACGCGCACGAGGAAAAGGGGACAAUGUUUCAGUGUCUUGGUCUAGGGUCACCUGAGACCGGCGGCUGUGGUGAAGACUGGUGGCACCCGGAGUGUCUCAUCGGCCUUCCACGGGACUGGUACAAGAAUUCGGACAAGAAGGGAACUACAGAAAACGGUGACUCUAAUGAACAAGAUUACGAUGAAGACGAGACGCCGCUGCCUCCGGGAUUCCCUGAUGAGGAUGAUUUCGAGACCUUGCUAUGCUACAAAUGCCUCGAAUCCAACCCUUGGUUGAAACAAUAUGCAGGAACACCAGGAUUCCUGCCCCCAGUAUUCAGAGAAGGUGGACUACAGAACACCGUCAAGGAAGAAAGCGCAGCAGCUCCAGAUUCCAUUCCAACUCGGCUCGAAGACCAGCCGAGUGACAACCCAAAGAAACGCAAGGCAGAAGACGACGCCGAAGGCCAAGUCAACGACGAACCUGCCUCAAAGCGACCUAAAGAAGAAACCCAACCGCAGAGCACGGCCUCGCCCUCCGAAACUAAACCAGAGCUCGAUCAAGCACAACCACAAACACAAGAACAAAAACCCAAACACGCCUUCCUCCCGCAAACCACUCCAACCGCUCCCUUCUCCCUCUUUCUGAAAGAAGACUUUCGCGACCACCUCUGCCGCUGCCCAACCUGCUACCUCAACCUCGCCCCACACCUCCAACUCCGCGAAGAAGAGGAAACAUACGAACCCCCUCUCUCUGAGAACGGCGACGGCGAUGGUGCCGGAAGCACAGGGACCGGAAGCCUCCUAGACCGCGGCGAAGCGGCGCUGAGCAAUAUCGACCGCGUGCGCGCUAUAGAAGGCGCCAUGGUCUACAACCACCUGCGCGAUAAGGUGAAGGAGUUCCUAAAGCCGUUUGCCGAGAGCGGGACGGCUGUCGGGGCGGAAGAUAUCAAGGCGUAUUUUGCGAAGCUUAGGGGUGACGAAGGGCAUAUUGAGGAUGCUGCCGCUGCGGGGAAGGCUUCUGCGGAGGAUGAUAACGGGGAUGGUGGAGGUAGUGGCAGGCGGGAACAGAGCGGUUACUGA